GGGGGGGGGAAGGAGAGCUGCCCGUCUUGUCGCCACACACGCAGACGGAAGAGCAUAGCCCAUAAGGCACCAGCUCGCGCGAGAGGCCCAAGAAGCCAGCGCGACGCUCCGCGCGCUGUCCCGGAGGUUCGGCAAGAGCUAUCCAUGUUACUAGAGGCCAAACAGCGCAGCCCAUCCGCCGAAGCGGGGGAGGGGAAGCGCACUCCAGCCCUCUUGGAGUCUUCUUACCCGGGUUUUCCAGCUGACUGGGCCGGACAUCAUCGCCCCAAAGUCCAGGAAGAGCGAGCUGGGGGGGGGGAGGGCAUUUGCUUCUUCACAUGGGCUAGGUUUAAGAAUUGGGGUAAGGAGGGGGGUGGAAACGAGCGCAGGCCCCGCGGCAACCUCGCCGGCCACAACGUCCGGGGCGCACGGCAGUCCACGGGCUUUCGAAAUGGAACAGACUUUGGACUUUGCGGACAUGCCGCAGGUCUCGAGAUCCGCGGAGUAUACAAACCACCUGUGUCCGGUCCUCGGUCCUCGUGUGAACCCCAGACCGCCCGCGUCGUGAAGUUGCUCUGGCUGGGCCACUUGGAGAUCAGCACAUGUACCAACCAGCCACAACCGGUGCAACAAAGAGUGCGGUUUGCUGAAGGAAGGGCACCCCGCAGUGACAAUAAAUUCAAGUCCUGGGGGGAAAGGGUGGAUUAAAAGCUAUGUGCCACAAAAGGGUGAUGGAGGCAGGGAUAGAGGCUUAUCACAUAGCAAGUCCGUAUAGUGAUUGCAAGAGAAUAUGAUGAUGUAUCGUUAAGAAAUAGUGCGUGUCUAUCUAGACUUUUAUCUGGUAGCCGGCGCCUCUUUCCAAAUGAUCCCUGGCUGUGAAUGCGCUUUUUAUGAUCAAUCAAGAUGUUGCCCGCCAUGCAUUGCUAGCGAUAUGAACCGCAUCUUACCCAAAAACAAACAUCAUCCAGCGAUGAUCCAAAA